CGCGUUUGAAAUCCCGGCGGGGCGACGGCAGCGGGAAGAUGGCUGCCCGGCCGCGGCGGCAUCGCUCUCGGUACGCGAAGCUGCGGGAGGCUGACGUUUGGGAUGGCACUAAGACACUUGACAGAUCCUCUUUUGCGACGUCCAUGGAGUGGGACACGCAGGUGGUGAAGGGGUCCUCGCCGCUCGGCUCCGCAGAGCUGUGGACGGAGGAGCCGCCGUCCGGCCCGCGGCUGCCGGCCUGGCUGCGGCCCGAGCGGUGCGCGGUGUUCCAGUGCGCGCGCUGCCACGCCGUGCUCGGCGACUCGGUGCACCUCGCCUGGGACCUCUCGCGGUCCCUCGGGGCCGUGGUUUUCUCCAGGGUCACAAAUAACGUUGUUCUGGAAGCUCCCUUCCUUGUUGGCAUCGAAGGUUUACUCAAGGGCAGCACUUACAACCUUUUAUUCUGUAGUUCCUGUGAGAUUCCCAUUGGUUUCCAUCUGUAUUCUACCCAUGCUGCCCUGGGAGCAUUGAAAGGUCACUUCUGCCUUUCCAGUGACAAAAUGGAAUGCUAUCUCUUAAAAACAAAAGCCAUAGUAAAUGCAUCUGAGAUGGAUAUUCACAACAUGCCUCUACCAGAAAAGAUUGCAGAGCUAAAAGAGAAGAUAAUACUAACGCAUAAUCACUUAAGUUCAUUGAUGAAGAUGCUGGAGGAAGUGACUCCUGACCAGUCCAACACAGAAAACUGAUCUAGAACCAGAGCUUGAUUAUUAGGGUCAGGCCUUACUGCCAUCUUCAAAGACAGGUGCUGUUCAAUCAUUUCUUGAGAAAGUUCAACUUCAAGAAUGGACAGGAAAUGUGGUUUAUUAUGUGUACAUCUAGGCUGAUUUUCCAAAUGAUUUGUGAAGCUGUUUAUAGAAGAUGAGAAAUUAAGGAGCUCUCUGGCCAAGAUUCAUAUCUACUUGACUUCUGAAAUUAUUUUAGCUCAGUUUCAUAGUCAUUUCUGAAAACACCUUUAACUGCAUAUUUAGGGAUUAAGGGGCAAUGUGCCAUGAAUGAUCUUAAGAAAUAUACGGUAAUAAAGUUGUACUUAAUGUUUACUGUGAUUCCUACAUGGAACAGUUAUAUGAAUAGUUGUAACCAAGAAUUAACAUUUCAGUUCAGCAAUAAAGGUUUUAUAUUCUGCAUUUUCUCAA